CUAUAACUAUAACUAUAACUAUAACUAGUAUAACUAGUAUAACUAGUAUAACUAGUAUAACUAGUAUAACUAGUAUAACUAGUAUAACUAGUAUAACUAGUAUAACUAGUAUUACUAUUCUUACUAUUACUAUUACUGGUGAUGGUAGUCUCUGUUUUUUUUGUGGUCCACCGCUGUGCUGCUCCUGCCUUACAACAAGAAGCUGCUUCAUCUGGAGCAUCAUCAUUUGUCAAAGGGGCAGAGCAGCUACAUCUGUUCUUAGUAUUGUUGUUGCACCACCAGGUGGCAGUGUCACUAGUAUUAUCGCACCACCACCAGCAGUCUGAGACUGGUGGUGCUAGUACUACUAGUAGUAGCUACUACUAGUAGUAGCUAGUACUACUACUAGUACUAGUAGUAGUGGUACAGUACUACUACUAUCAACCGGAGGGGGGGGGGGACUGAGGACGAGGAGGAGGAGGGAUACAAGAACUACUAGUACUAGUAGUAGUACCAAUCACUCUUAUCAUACUCAAUAGGCUUCUUCUUUGUUGUUAGGUUGCUUGAAUGGAGACCAGGGACUAAGCAGUGCAGAUUUUUUUCUUCAGGAGGGGAUGUCACCAUGGUGGUUUUGGUGCCAGAAGGUGCAGAUCAGGUAUGUAUGUACAGUACUCAGGAAUCAUUGGGAAUUAUGGGUAAAGUUUCUUAAAUCCUGUACCGUAGCAAAAAAUGUCACGCAAUCGAGUCAUCCUUGCUUGAUUUCACACUUCGUCUCAUUAUCUGCAUAGAGUAAGUCGUGGAAUCUAAAGAUUUCAGGUUCCGGAUGACUGCUUCGCGCUAAUUAAUAUUAUGUGCUUGUGACAGUCUGAAGACAAAUUUUGAUUCUUGGCAGAAUUUUAUCCAUACGGUAGAACAUACGGAUCUCCUUCGGUCUGUUAAAAUCCUUUUUCUCUCCAACAAAAAUAAAUGCACGACUGCAUCCAAUGGAUAGGUCUCCGAAUGAUGAGUUGACUUGUGUUGAUUCCUCGCAACAUAAUCGUAACAAGAAAACUCGUCGAGCCGACUGUCAAGCUUUGCGUUGUUCGUCUUAUUAUGAACGAGAGCCUGCUUGUAUGAACAAUUUAGAGCUAAAACGUUCAAUAUCACUUUGCGUUGAAAUUUCAAGACAAGGGGAAAAUUCAAUCAUUGCCUAGCAGCGCAAGAGAUUCGUUUAUAAAGAUCGCCAUGAAAAGCGAUAAAGUCGGCAACAACAUCAACAGCAAACUAAAAACGAAGAAAGACAAGAAUAGAGCAAAGACGAAACGAAGAGGGAAGAGGAGCAACAGCAGUAACAGAAGCACCCGCUCGCAAAAGUCGACCGAAACUGUCCCAGCUUCUAACGUUUCUUCUUGCUCGGAAUCCCUAACUUCGGAAACAAGAAUAACAAACGGCCCAUCGACUUUUUCUCUUAAAGUUCCCGGAGAUCGGCUACUCACCACAUCAAAUUCAAUCCUUGAGAGAUCAGAAAACCAACCAGUGGAUCUGGACCAACUCGUAGACACCAUGGCGGCGAACAAUAACAAAGGCCAUGCAAACAGCCGCAGCAACAGUAACCACAAUACUCAACAAAUUGCGCUGUCACCUGCAGAAACAUUCGACACUGUCCCGUUGGCUCAUUCUCCCUCGUCGGUUUCAUCGUCGUCGAGAUUCUCCAUAAACUCAGGAAAGAGCAACAAGAACAACAACAGAGAUAGCAACAGAGACUAUCUUCCCGUGUCGCUUUUGAAUUUUGAUUCUCCACGUAAUGGAGUUGGGAAAAAGCCCAAUGGUAACAAAAUCAAUGGCAACAAGGUCGUCAUCGAACACCAACUGUCGCCAUCGUCGAAGAGUAGCAGUUCUUCGUCUCCUCGAUCGUCGAUGCCACUUUGCGUUUGGUGGGUGAAGCCCAUUCUUGGCAUCCUCCUGAUCAUCAUGUUAUUAUCGGGAGCGGCUUCAGUUUUUGGUUGGUUUUUCAAGUUUCCGUCCCUCAACGAUCAGGUGGAAGCCCUCGAAGAUGAAAUCGAAGCCCUUCAGGGAGAAAUCAACCGCCUAGAGACCCAGGUUGAUCGCCUCGAAACCGAGAACGACCGCUACGAGUUUCUCAACAACCAACUCGGAAUUGCUGUCUUUGAUUUGGAGGAGGUCAAGAACGAUCUGAACGGCACUGUGUUGGACCUAGAACAAACGGCUUGGUCCCUAAACUCCACCAAGGACGCACUGGCAAAUGAGGUGAUUGACCUGAGCCUUAAGAACGAUGAGUACAAAGCACUCAACGAUGAAUUGAAGCUAAGCGUCAAAAAAAUCACAUCCGAAGCUUCUUUUUUUCGAACGGCACUAGAUGGACUCAAGGAGGAACACAGCAUCCUAACCAACACGACUGAGGCCCUCCGAGAUCUAGUCUAUAAUUUCACCACCACUGCCAACGAAACGAAUGUUUCACUCCAGGCGAUGCUGCAGGAGACAUUAGAGGGAUUUGUUACGGAGAACGAUCGACUGGAAGCUCUGAAUACCAACCUCGAGAACGGACUGCUUUAUCUCAACACCACACUCAACCAGCAGGGAGCGCAAACAAUAGCCCAGGAGCAAUCGCUCGAAGCAAUCGUUGCUCUGUUGGGAGAUAAGGUCGAACAGCAGCAGAGAUCGACCCUGGUGCAGUUGGAAAUUUCCUACCGGCAGCUGUUGAUGGGAUGGGAUUGCGAUUUCAAAAAUGUCUUUUUUGGUGGCAGUAGCAGUAGUAGCAACAGCAACGGUGUGGUGCUUCUUCCUCUACCAGACGAAAUCACAGCGUAUGUUGAUGAACGUGUCUUGUCCAAAUUAUGCCUUGAUGAGUCGGACUUUCUCCAAUACCUCUUAUAUACAUCGUCUCCAAACUCGUCGUCGAUCUCCUCUGACCAGUUUGUCCGUGCUCUGGUCUUGUACACCGAAGAAGCCAUGAAAUACUAUUUUCCUUCCAGUGGCAUUUUUCCUGGUGCAAACAACAAUGCCAGUGAUCGUGAUGGUCUACUACUGUCACAUUGGAUCGAUGCUGCCUUUCAUUGCGAGUCUCUCCAGUCUCCUUUUGUUUUCUAUCCAAAUGGAAUUAGUACCAGAAGAUCAUAAGAGGUAGAUAGAAACAACAACAGAGGCAAGAACGGCAUCAUCAUGCAGGAACAUGGACAAAAAGUCUCAUGCAUGUGUUUCAUAAAAAUUGAAGUGAUAAGCUUGUCAAGCCAUGACACAGGCAAUUCAUUUUCUAUUUGAAGCUUUCAGCAUCAUCUCAUAAUUUAUACAUAGUUUAUUUGAUAAUCUUGGGCAUUCUGAUCAGUGUUAAUUUUUGGAAAUAGAUGAGCUGUUCUUAC